GAGCCCGUAAUUCAUUAGGAGCGGCCUCAGUGCGUAAUGAGCCGCCGCCGCGAGCACGCUGCGUCCUCUGCGAGAGGUGGAACCGUGGCAGGGGCGAAACGACCCAGCAGGCUGCGCCUAGAAGCGACCCGAGGACGGUAUAAAAGUGGUCCAGCGCCCGCCUGCAGUCAGAGAGCGCGCAGACAGACGCACGCACGGACGCACGCACGGACGGAGGCAGGCGGAGCGCACAGAGUCGAGGGGGGCGACCCGCACUUUGAGCAGGUUUAUCUUCACGCGUCGCGUCUCACUCGUGGGUAGAGACAGAGGACGAGGCGGCGGUUCCCUUCGGGUCACUCGUGAUUCUCCGGUAGCGCGCACAAAGUUCCCGUUUGUUUCCGUCACGCCUGCGAUGCGCGUCUCCUGCGGCGGACCCGCGGCCGUUUGACGCGUCCGCCUCCGCAGCCGGACCCACCGCGCCGGCGUGUUCUCCAACCGGGCCAGCUCGGGCUCGUCGGAACUUUCGCGGUCGCGCUUUCGGUGCCGAGGACAUGGGGCCGCGCCGACGGGACAGCGUGUCCGCGCUGUGCGGAGAAAGUUUGCUUUGGACCGCGCUGCUUCUGUGGCUCACGGCGUUUGUUGACGGCACCUGGAAGACGGGACUUUACAAAAGCUACUCCACCGGGACGCAGCUGAGCAGAGACCAGAGCGCAGCCUCGCACACUCCGAUCUACCAGAAGAGGAACUGGUGUCCUCACACGGUCACGAAGACGGUGAGCUGCCAGGUGCAGAACGGGACGGUGCUGCAGCGCGUCUACCAGACGUGCCGCUGGCCUCAGGGGUGCACGGGAGGCAGCUACAGGACCGUGGUGAGGCCGUCCUAUAAGGUGGUGUACCGCUCGCUGACGUCUCUGGAGUGGAGAUGCUGUCCAGGAUUCAGCGGCACGGCCUGUGAGGAAGAUGCAGGGAACCAGCUUGUGGCUCAGGAGGCCAUAAGGAAAGCCUCCACUCUACGCCGCCCAGCUGCACGGACAGGAGACGCCACCUCCAACUGUCUGAACUGCAGCCGGAUCUCAGCUCUGGGUGACAGGCUGAACUCACUGGAGGCAAAGGUCCAGUUACUCACUGGCCCAGCUUCCAUGUCACAUCGCCACCUCCAGGCCAAAGGAGAAACUGCCCCAGAGGCCUCGUUGCUGAGGGGGGCCGUGCCCGCUCAGGGAGCUCCUGGUGAGCAGGGACCUGCAGGGCCUCAGGGUGAGAAGGGCAGAGAUGGGUUCCCUGGCAGAGAUGGGAAGCCAGGGUCUCGAGGGCUGCCAGGUCCCACUGGGCCUCGGGGGGAGGCUGGAGGGAGGGGCCCUUCUGGAGCCCCGGGAUCAAAGGGAACCCCAGGACCCGCAGGCCCCCGUGGACCACCAGGACUUCCAGGAGAGAGGGGUCUACCGGGCCCACCUGGUCCCCCGGGACCCGCCAGUGCCCACAUCCCAGAACCAGACCACAAUCGUGGAAAAGACCCCUUCUUCACCAACACUUUCCAUGACUCACGAGCGGUGCCUGUUCCAGGACCUCAGGGUCCUCCCGGGCCCAUCGGUCCUCCAGGUCCUAAAGGCCCAGCAGGACCUCCUGGCCCAGCAGGACAGAGUGGAAAACCUGGAGCUCCUGGAACAGCGGGGCCUGUGGGGCCAAAGGGAGAACGGGGAGAGAGAGGUCCUUUAGGUUACCCUGGAGAGAGAGGGUUCAGAGGCGAGCCGGGAGCCCCGGGACCCAAGGGAGAGCCAGGAGAGAAGGGCUUACCGAGCAAUCUAAAUGGGGACGGAAUACAUCAGAUCAGAGAGGCGCUGAAGAUCUUAGCCGAGAGGGUUUUAAUCCUUGAGACUAUGAUCGGUAUUCAUGAGCCUGAUCUAGGGUCUGGGGACGGACCAUUUGGUACAGCCUCCCCUAGUUUCUACAGAGAUAAACGAGCAGGUGUGCUUCCAUAUCGACCUGCUUCUCCUCUGUCCUCCAACACCAAGGUUCAAGGGAAGUAGCCUCCCCACUCACCCUGAGGAUCACAGGCUGGCUUGACUCCCCCUUCUCUAGUUUUCAUCGUCACUCAACAGAGUUAGAGCCUAUCUAUAGCCUCUCUGGGAUUUACUGUAAGAUUUAGGAUGGGGGACACCUCAGGGAAACUCCACUGAUACUCCAUAACGUCCUCCUCCAUCAGGAACCUGAGAAGUAGCUUGACCCCCACACUUAUCUCUGCAUAAUACGCCCAGCAGCUCCUCCUGUAUCUAAUUUCUUUUGCUGCAGAACUAAAGUCUAAAAACAAACAUGUUCAUGUUUGAAUAAAAGGAAAACCUCCAUCUGUGGUGCUCCUGAAGCUGCAAGCAGUUGUGGACAUAAUAAGGGUCAUAUAGAGUAAUCAAUUAAAGGACAAAUCAGAUGUGAGAAGAGAGACUGAAUUUUGAGUUUUCAUUGCCUCACAAUGUAACUGCAGUCUGAAAGUUUUAAUUAUUUAAGUAUAUUGAGCAUGUACAGUUGCAGGACACGACUACACAAAUAAACCUCUUCUUCUAGUAUUAAUUGUGUUAUACUUCUAUCAUAUUGUUUAAGUCAAUGUUAUAUAGUGCACUAAAAUGAUGAAGUCAUUGCUACUCUAACUCAGAUGUGUGUUCCUAACGGUUAAUAGUAGUUUUCUGGUGUGAGUGUUUCUUCCCAUCAAACUACACGCUGAUGAAAUGGUUUCAUAUGCAAUACGAUAUUUACAUCUAAUCCGUACAAAGAAAUGCAUGAACUUUCGUAUUUGGUUUUGGCUGCUUAUCAGCAAAAACAGUCAUUAAUUAUUUAUGGCCGUAUUCUGGAAACAAAACAAGUUGAAAUCAAAACAACUCACUGCAAACGUGGUUGAAGCACUUCAUUCAACAUCUUCAACACACACAACCACACACAGAGGAAACUAAACUGUUAAGAGGACGUGAACAUAUUUUUACCACUGUUGUUGGUAAACUGCUUAAACUGUUCUGAUGAGGAGACUUGAUAAUUGUUUUUCAUCUUAUAUAUCAAACUUAUUGUGAAUCUAUUUAAAAUGAUCAACUGUAGUUUAUUUUGUAUGCUGUUGUGUAACCGUUUGAUAUUUUGAACCUUUUUUCUGUGGUAUUGUGUUAAGAUAAUCAUGUCUAAAUGAUCGGUGUAAUAAAUAAUGUUCACUGUUUUUUAACACCUCA